AAGAAUAAUUAAAGGGAAAAAGGUUAGACCAUUAUUUGGUAAUAAUUCUGCACCAUAAUCAGUAAUGGCCUUCAAUUGUCAGUCCAACAAGACCAAAAAUCCUUAAAAACCCUUUUCUCAGAUAUUCCUCCAUUUCUGCUUGAAUCAUUUUCUUAUUCAAGUCUCUACCUUGUUUGUCCAUUUUAGAUCUUCCAAAAACUUUCUUUCAAAAACACCCUUUUCCUCCAUUUGGAUGGUUGUUAAAAUCCUUAUUUGAAAGAAACAAGAACCAGAGAAGACAGACCAUGGACGGCGCUAUUUCUCAGUGGCGAAAACAAUGGUUUGAUUACUUCCAAUAUCUUCGUCAAGAGGGAUUCUUGGACGACCAGUUUGUGCAGCUGAAGAAACUGCAAGACGAGAACAGCCCGGAUUUUGUGGUCGAGGUUGUCUCUCUCUUCUUUCAAGACUCUGAGAAGCUUCUCAACAACAUGGCCAACGCUUUUGAACAAAAGGUUGUGGACUUCAAGCAAGUAGAUGCCUAUGUUCAUCAGUUCAAGGGUAGUAGUGCCAGCAUUGGUGCAAUGAGGAUAAAGAAUGUGUGCAUUAACUUCAGAAAUUACUGCGAGGCUCAGAACCUGGAAGGGUGUUUGAUAUGUCUGCAACAAUUGCAACAAGAAUGCUCUGUGUUGAAGAACAAGCUUGAAAAACUGUUAAAUCUGGAGCAACAGAUUUUGGCAGCUGGUGGAUCAAUCCCAGUGAUAGAAUAAACAAAUACUAUUGGUGUUACUUGCUUAUAGUACACAUAAUCUAGCACCAGUUAUAUAGUUUUUGAGAUGUAUUUGCUUGUUCUUAAAAAACCUUAUAUAGAAGCACUAGCAAGAUUUUAGUGUAGGCCUUGUUUGAGAGAGUAGUUGUAGCAUGAAUUGCCUCCUUUUGCUAGACCUUGUUUUGUGGCAGUUUGAUGAUAGUCUAAAAGUGUGAUCAGAUAGAACAAUGGAAUUCAUAUAGCUUGUGCUUGGUUUUCCUCUAUUGUUAGACAUCAAGUUGUGUAAUAACUUCUUGCCUCAAAAGAUAUGUUCUUAGAGUUUAACAGAAACGUAUGGUCAAACACAAGGUAUUUUGUUAAUUUCUUUUCGAGACGAUUAAAGAAUCAUCAGCCCUCCUUA